AUGUUUAAUAAAAAAUCUUCAACGACUGCAACUGACAAGAAAAAACCUUCGGAACGUAUUAAACAAACUAUCAAAUCGAUUGUGAAAUCAAAUGAUACUAAAAAAAAUGCCACAGAUACUAAAAAUAAAGUUACACCUGUAUUAAAUACUAAUAAACAAUCAGAAUCAAAACUUGAUAUUAAGACUUUUGAUGUUAAUCCAAAAGUAUUACCUAACCAAAAUGAUUCAAAUGAAUCUGAUGAAAAAAUUACAAAAGACAAACCUUUAGUUAAUAAACCUUUUGAUGCUUCAAAAAAAUUUUUUAAAAAGUUAUCAAAAACAGAAGAUUCCAAAAAUAAUUCAAAUCCAAUUAAACCAGAACAAAAUGCUUCCAUUAAAAAACGUUCUUCUGUAGCAUCCAUUUCAUCAUCUUCAUCUGUUACUUCAAAUGUUGAACCUAAAAACAAUAUUGCUGAUAGUAAACGUCACACGUCUUCAACCAUACGCUCAGAAACAUCACGACCAUCAACACCAGAUAUUAUUAAAAAACAAUCUUCAAAAAUAAAUCUAAAUCCUUCUCGACCAACUACUCCAGACCCUACAAGACGCCCUUCCAGUCGUUUAACAACACAUGACAAUUCAACCACUUCAACGCCAGACGCUACAAGACGAGCAUCUUCGCGUUCUACAUCGUCUGAACUCUCAAAAACUGCUGCCAAACGAUCAACGUCAAUCAUAUCAAGUACGAAUUCAAGACCUGCAACACCCGAACUCUCAAAAACUACGAAACGAUCUACCUCUGUUAUGUCAGUUACAAAUUCAAGACCUGCAUCGCCUGAAUUCUCAAAAACUACGAAAAGACCAACCUCUAUUAUGUCAGUUACAAAUUCAAGGGCAAAUUCAAGACCUGCAUCACCUGAAUUCUCAAAAACUACAAAAAGACCUACUUCUGUUAUACCUACUUCUGUUAUGUCAGCUACAAAUUCAAGACCUGCAUCACCUGAACUCUCAAAAACUAUGAAAAGACCUACUUCUGUAAUAUCAGUUACAAAUUCAAGGACAAAUUCAAGACCUGCAUCACCCGAACUAUCAAAAACUACGAAAAGACCUACCUCUGUUAUGUCGCCAGCAGUACCUGAAGUUAAAGCGAAACAAAAUCGCUCAACACAACAACAUGAUUCUUCAAAUAUAAUUACCAAAUCCAAACAAUUAUCUCAACAAACAUCAUCAACGUCAACACCAAUAGUAACUAAGAAAAGAAGUGUUUCUAUCUUGUCAACCCAAUCAUCAAGAGCUCCAUCACCAGAAAUUACAAAGUUACCUGAAUCUCCAUUAAUAUCAGAAACAGACAUAAAACCAUCCACAUCCGAAAUAAUAAAACCAUUAACAACCGAGACUACAAGAAAACAUGAUGUUUCAAGACCAUCUACACCAACAUCCAAUCAUGAAAUUAAAAAAUUACCAAAUAUAACCAAACGUCAACGAUCAAAUUCCAGUGCACAAGUAUCAUUUUCUACAACAUAUCAUCCAACAUUUAAUAAUUCAACAUCACCAGAAAUAACCAGGCGUCAACGAUCAAAUUCUAGUGUACAAAAUUCUAGUUCACAAAUUUCAUUUUAUAUAACACCUAAUAAUUUAACAUUAAAUUCUCAUGUUAAAAAGGAUAGGAGAACUUCAUUUACAUCGUCAAUAACAUCACAAAUAUCUGAUGAUAAUUAUUUCCCAAGAUCUUCAACACCAACAUCUGAUACUUCAGCGGAAAGUAAUGAUGGUUGUAAAGAUGAUUAUGACUUUAAGAAUAUAUCAUCAUCAAAUGAAGUUGUUAAUAAUAAUGUUCUUGAGGAUAAUUAUCAAGUUCUUGAGGAUAAUAAUCAAGUUCUUGAGGAAACGAAUAAUGUUCUUCAGGAAAAUAAUAAAGUUCCUGAGGAAACAAAUAAUGAACAAUUAUUCAUGGAGAAAUGUUUAGAAAAUAAUAAAUUAACUUCAGAUACGACACAAGAUGAUAAUAAAUUAACUUCAGAUAUGGCACAAGAUGAUGAUAAUAAAUUAACUUCAGAUACGAAACAAGAUGAUGAUAAUAAAUUAACUUCAGAUAUGACACAAGAUGAUAAUAAAUCAACUACAGAUACGACACAAGAUGAUAAUAAAUCAACUUCAGGUACGACACAAGAUGAUGAUAAGAAUUCCACGGAAAUUAAUAAUUCCACGUAUCAAGACAUCAAGUCACAUAAAAGUGAUAUUGUAGUAUUUAAUUCUGAACAAAAUGUUACUACACCCGAUAAAAUCUUUAAAAUCUGUGAUUCAACAUCGUUAGAUUCAUUAGAUAAUCCGAUAGUUAUAGAAACCUCUAUAGAAAAUAUAGAGAGAUCAAAUAAUAAUAUAUGCAAUAAUUUGAUUCAUUCAGACAAAAACGAAUCAGUAGAUGAACAAGAUAAUUCAAAUCUGAAAAGUGAUCAAGUUAUAGAGAGUUUAGAUGAAUCUUCUAAAGAAAUUAAUGUCGAAACGAAAGUAAAUGCUGUCGAGUUGGUAAAUAGUAUGAUGAACAAAAUAAAAACAGUUAAAAAUGUUAUCGAUAUUAAUGGAAAUAAAUUACCAGCCAUAAUAGAACAAGACCUUGAUUUAGAACAGAAUUCAAUUGACGAGAUUACCAAUCUAAUGAAUCAAUAUGAUAAUAUGUCAACUGUUGAAAUCGAACCGAAAGAAUUGUCACGUAUGAUAUCAGAUAACAAGAGAUAUGAAUUAAAAUCGACAGAGAUAGAACAAUAUUUAAAAGAAUCUACGAAUAGUUUGAUGAUAGAUUGUGAAAAGACACAUGUCAUUGAACAACAAAUGUCGCAAGAUAAUCAUACCGAUAAUAAUACUUUAAAGGAAAAUUUAUACGUAAUGCAAAGUAAUAUAAAUUUAAAUGAUAUUAAUAGCAUUCUUUAUCUUUCCUCCUCGCCCGCUAUUAUCGAGCAUCGGACAAUAUCGGUACAUACAGAACCAUACAAAAAAUGUGUUGGAUCGUAUGGUACAACACCACAAGACUUUAUACCUUUUACAAAUUAUGAAACGCAAGAUAUUGUAAUGUGCGUUGAUGAAAAGAAAUUCGACGAAGAAAUAGUAUCUCAUCCAUCGUUAUCUGAUAAUAUUAUUACAAAAGAAGAACAACAAUAUUAUGAUGUUUCAAUUAGUGAAGAUGAGAAUUUAAAUUCAAAGUAUAAAAUGAAGAAACCAUCUUAUGGCACAUUUCUUGACAUAUAUUCCUGUAAGAAUAUUUUCUGA